AGUCUCUCGUCACGAGUCAAGCGCGACAGUUCGGCGAGUGAGGGAGCUGGAGCAACCAGCUGACGGAAUUUCAUAAUAAAGCUAAAAGGCAAAAAAAUAACAAAAAAGAAGAAUGAUUGCGCAAAGUGUAAUCGGUAAACUGCGUCCAUGCGUUGUUGCGCGUCGCCUGGCCAGCAGCAAAGCGAGCGCAGCAAAAUUCAAUUGGCAAGAUCCAUUGAAUUUGGAGAGUCAGUUAACGGAGGAAGAAGUGUCCAUUCGGGAUGCCUUCCGUGGCUAUUGCCAAUCGGAACUGUUGCCGCGCGUAAAGAUAGCCAAUCGAUUGGAACAAUUCGAUAAGAAGAUCAUGGAAGAGAUUGGUAGUCUUGGCGUAUUGGGCUGCACACUGCAGGGCUAUGGCUGUGCAGGCGUCUCCAGUGUUGCAUACGGACUGCUCACACGCGAAGUGGAACGUAUUGAUUCCGCCUAUCGUUCCGCGGUCAGCGUGCAAAGUUCUCUGGCGAUGGGCGCCAUAUAUGAUUAUGGUUCCGAUGAGCAAAAGCAAAAAUAUUUGCCUGGCCUGGCGCAGGGCAAGUUGAUUGGCGCCUUUGGUCUAACGGAACCGAAUCAUGGCAGCGAUCCAGCUGGCAUGGAAACCAAUGCGAAAUAUGACAGCAAGACCAAGACCUAUAUACUGAAUGGCUCAAAGACUUGGAUAACUAGUGCACCGAUAGCCGAUGUCAUCAUCAUGUGGGCGAAAUGUGAGGAUGGCAAAUUGAGGGGUUUUAUUAUCGAUAGGAAAUUAUCAAGCAAGGGCCUGGACACCCCGAAAAUUGAAGGCAAAUUCUCAUUGCGUGCUUCGCCCACGGGCAUGAUAUUGAUGGAUGAUGUGCGUGUACCGGAGGACCUGUUGCUGCCCAAUGCUUUGGGCUUUAGCGGACCUUUCAAUUGUCUCAACAAUGCGCGCUAUGGCAUCGCCUGGGGUGCAUUGGGUGCUGCGGAGGCGUGUGUGGAGAUAGCUCGUCAAUAUACGUUGGAUCGCAAACAAUUCGGACGACCCUUAGCUGCCAAUCAGCUGAUCCAAAAGAAGCUGGCGGAUGCAACGACAGAAAUAGCACUUGGUCUGCACGCCUGUCUGCAUGUGGGCAGGCUUAAGGAUAGCAAACUUCAUACACCCGAGAUGAUUUCGCUGCUGAAGCGCAAUAAUGCGGGCAAAGCAUUGGACAUAGCACGCCAGAUGCGAGAUAUGUUGGGUGGAAAUGGCAUCAGCGAUGAGUAUCAUGUGAUCAGGCAUGUUAUGAAUCUGGAGUCAGUAAACACCUAUGAGGGCACACACGAUAUUCAUGCGCUGAUCUUGGGACGUGCAAUUACCGGCUUAGCCGCCUUCGCCAAUUAGACUUAAAGUUGCUUUUGAUACGAAACGAAAAAGCCAACUCUGGCAUUUAUAUAUGUUU